UCACAAGCGUCAUAUAGAUUAUAGAGUUUAAGAAGAAGAAGAAGAAGAAGAAGAAGAAGAAGAAGAGAAUUUUUGAAGAACCCUAUUAUUCGCUUUUUUUUUAUUUUUUUAUUUUUGGUUUUUGUUUUUUGAAAAACAAUUUAAAAGACCUGAGAAACAGAGAAAGCUCUGUCUCUGAAUCGAAACUAAUCAUCAUGAUGAAAGGGACGAAACGUUUCGCCGUAUCGGACUCCAAACCCGACACUAACGAGUCGGCCUUCCGUAAUAAGAGAAUAAUGGCAGGAUCCCCAUUUGAUGUUCACAGGGCAGAAACUUCUCAACAGCAACCAACAGCUGCACCUCAGUUGGAUUUGCAGAGAGCAGAGUCAUCUCGGCAGCAUGUGAGAGCUCUCAACACCCAAUUUGCAAGUUGGGUGCAAAAACAAUUAAAGGACCAUCCUGAUGAACUUUGGGAAGAUGGCGUGCGAGACUACCUAUCUCAUGCUUCAAACAUCAUGGAGAAAUUCACUGAUGUUGUCAACUGGCUCAAAGCCAAUGGUGGUAAAGGAGAAAAUUUUCCUGCUGCAGGAUCUCAUACUGCUGAAAAGAAAACGAAGCCUGAAACCAAGAAUAAUGAGAUAAAAUCAUUUCAGGAGAAAACUGGAUUUACUCCGAUAGCUGCUGGAAGCUCUGCAACUUCAUGGAGUUUUGGAUUAUUACCCAACAAUCACAGCUCUGGAGGAACAUUCUCCAAUAGUCAAAGCUCUGGAGGAGCAUUCUCCACUAAUCAAAGCUCCACAGGAGCAUUCUCCAAUAACCAAAGCUCUUCAGGAGCAUUUUCCAAUAAGCAAAGCUCUGCAGAAUUAUUCCCCAGUAACGAAGGCUCUGCUGGGGUAUUCCCUAAUAAUCAAAGCUCUGCUGGAAUAUUCUCCAACAGUCAAAGUUCGGUAAAAUUUGGUGGUAAUCAAAUCUUUGGGGCAUUCUCCGACAGCCAAAGAUCUAGGGUAUCAUCUGAUGUUCAAAGUUCUGGGUUAUUUCCUAACAAUAAAACCGUCCAAAGCACUGGGUUUUUCUCUAACAAUCAAACAGUUCAAAGCUCUGUGUUAUUCUCUAACAAUCAAACCCCAUUUUUGUUUGGAAAUCAAAAUUCAGGUCCCAAAAACCGUGAUGCUUCAGAUGAUGCAGAUGAUGAAAAUGAAUUGGAGCCACCUAGCAGCCCAUCAGUGAAAAAAACGGAAGAAAAGGGCGUUGUUGUCGUCCAUGAAGUCAAGUGCAAACUUUAUGUGAAGUCUAGUGAUCCUGUGGAUAAAGAUGCAUGGAAAGAUAAAGGCACGGGACGGCUUUCCAUUAAGUGCCAAGAGGGUGUCAGCAAGGGGACAAAAGAAUCCAAACCAACAAUUCUUGUUCGGAAUGACGUGGGAAAAGUGCUGCUUAAUGCUUUACUGUAUCCGGGUAUCAAGACAAAUUCACAAAAAAACUCCAUCGUUGCAAUAUUCCAUACUGCGGGUGAUGGUGAUGGCAAUGAAGGCGAAAAUAACGAUAGUGCAGUGGCACGUACGUUCUUAAUUAGGUUGAAAUCCGAGGAGGAUCGGAAUAAAUUGGCAACAGCAAUCCAAGAAUAUGCGCCUUCAUCCUGAAAGAGCAGCCAUAAGCAUCAUCUUCAUUGUAUUCUUCCUAGUUAAAGAGUGUACUGGUAGUACUAGCUAGGAUGGCGUUCAUCGACUUUAAUUUAUAGUUAUUUAUAUUUCUUUUUUCC